AUGGCCUCAGACUCUCAGGUUUUAGUGGAAGAAAAAGCUAGUGUUAGAAUCUUGACCCUAAACAGACCAAAGCAACUGAAUGCUCUAAACUCCAACAUGAUCACUCGGUUGAUGCAAUUGUUCCUAGCAUAUGAGGAAGACCCUGAUGUGAAACUUGUUAUCCUAAAGGGUCAGGGAAGAGCCUUUUGUGUUGGUGGCGAUCCUCUACCUGUUUUUCGUGAUAUCAUCAUACAAGGCAAGUCAUGGAGAGUCGGUGCCGAUUUCUUCUCAGAACAAUACAAGCUCGACUAUGUCAUGGCCACGUAUAGCAAAGUUCAGAUUUCAAUUUUAAAUGGCAUUGUCAUGGGAGGCGGAGCUGGUAUUUCCGUCCAUGGUCGGUUCCGUAUUGCAACUGAGAAGACGGUUUUUGCCAUGCCUGAGACAGAACUGGGGCUCUUUCCAGAUGUAGGCUCCUCAUACUUCUUGUCAAGGCUCCCUGGAUUUUUUGGAGAGUAUGUUGGCCUCACUGGAGCUAGGUUAGAUGGGGCGGAAAUGCUUGCUUGUGGUCUUGCAACUCAUUUUGUGCCUUCGUCGAGGUUGACUGCUUUAGAAGCAGAUCUUUGCAAAGUUGGUUCAAGUGAUCCAGUUACCUUUGCCUCAGCAAUUCUCAAUGCAUACACUCAGAAUCCGCACCUGAAGCAGCAUAGUGCUUACCACAGGUUAGAUGUAAUUGAUAGGUGCUUCUCGAGAAGAACAAUGGAAGAGAUUAUAUCUGCACUUGAGAGAGAGGCCACUCAGAAACCAGAUGAAUGGAUCUCAGCCACCAUUCGAGAUUUGAAGAAGGCAUCACCAGCAAGCCUUAAAAUCUCUCUUAGAUCGAUAAGAGAAGGGCGGUUACAGGGGGUGGGAAAGUGUCUUAUCCGUGAGUAUAGAAUGGUGUGUCAUGUGUUGAAAAGAGAAAUAAGCAAAGAUUUUGUGGAGGGUUGCAGGGCCGUGGUGAUAGACAAAGAUAGGAACCCAAAGUGGGAGCCACGGAGUCUGGAAGAAAUGAAGGAUAACAUGGUGGAGAGGUACUUCGAGAGAGUGGAUGAAGAGGAUGGAUGGGAGGAUCUAAAGCUUUCACCAAGGAAAAACUUGCCUGCUUUAAUAAUCGCAAAGCUGUGAACUAGAGAAGGUGGUGAAGCUGAUGUGUGAUCGUUCGUUGGUUGGAGCUCAAAUUUCAUUGGUUGUCACGCGACCGUUUCCUUAUGUUUUUUU